UUAUGGGUCCUGGCGUUGCUUAGAGACGCGUUGUUGUCGUGCAGCUUCACAGUGAAUUUUCUGGAACCAAACCGAGAAUUUUCAUCACAAAAUAGCGAUGUUUAUCUCGUCUGAAAUCCAGCCGUGAAUGCGAACAAACUUACGACGAGCCUUAAAUACAUCCGCACGGGAUUGUUAGACAAUAUUCCGCUGUGAUUAUUGAUUUAGUUAGCUUGGGAUAUCACGCCAACACGCUAAUCUGCUAACUAACGUUAAUUAGCCAGCUAGCCAAAGCGAGAUUCGGACACGGUCGGCGUAUCUUUGGGGAAAUAAACUUUAUUAUUCGCUUUGCGGCUUGUAAAGAUGAACUAAAUGCCAUCUAACAGAGUUGAUGGAGUAAAGCAGCAGUGUUUCGGCUCUCAUCAUCAUCUCAUCUAACGUUAAUCUAAUCCCGCUGCGGUAAGACGCUCAGUGUUAAACUCCUGCUGGUCUCGCAAUGGACGUAAGAGGCAUUUCUGAUCUGGACCUGGAGAAAUAUGACGCUGAUGAGCAAGUCAAGAUCAUCUGCCUCGGAGACAGCGCUGUGGGCAAAUCCAAGCUUAUGGAGAGGUUCCUUAUGGACGGGUAUCGGCCUCAGCAGCUCUCCACAUACGCUCUGACUCUGUACAAAUACACCACCACCAUCAAUGGACAAACUGUCCUGGUUGAUUUCUGGGAUACUGCAGGGCAGGAACGUUUUCGAAGCAUGCACCCGUCUUACUACCAUAAAGCUCAUGCCUGUGUCAUGGUGUUUUAUAUCCACAGAAAAAAAACAUAUAAGAAUCUCCCAAAUUGGUACAAAGAACUGCGGGAGUACCGUCCAGAGAUUCCCUGUGUGGUGGUCGCUAACAAAAUAGAUGCUGACAUUAAGGUCACCCAGAAGAGUUUCAACUUCGCUAAGAAACAAGGUCUGCCCUUCUACUUUGUAUCUGCUGCUGAUGGGACCAAUGUGGUCAAGGUGUUUAAAGAUGCCAUUCAGAUGGCUCUGUCCUACAAGAAGAACUCCAGUGACUUUAUGGAUGAAGUCAUGAGGGAGCUAGAGAACUUUGAUUUAGAGAGAAAAGAAGAAUCAUCUGAUAAAGAAGAGGAGACACAACAGGGAAAACCGGACUCAGCGUGACCACGUCACAUUCUUCAUCCUCUUCUUUUCUCAUUCUCUGUCUCCGCUGCUUCUGCAGUUGUACUGACUUCUUCAGAUCAUGGCUGUCCUCUCACCAUCCUGAACAGCAGAACUCUACCUCACACCACUCAAAGUGUGUGUCUGUUCUUGGAAUAAAUUAUGCUUCUGUGAAUGUACAGCUGGCAUUAUCGGAUGAUUGACAUGAUGGAAUCACAAUGCACUCUGAACUUUGAUUUGAUACAAAUUGUGGAGCAUGCAGAUUUAAAACUUGUAAAACUCUGGAAUGUGAAGCUUUGUGGCGUAACAUGAAAUAAUUUGUCAUUAUAAUUUUACAUAUUUUUGUUUUCAGAUGGAGUUUUUGGUGAAAUAUUUAUGAACCACUCAGAUAAUCUUUUUUUUUUUAGUGUACUAUUUUAUAACAUUUGCACAUUUCAAGUAACAAUUUGUGAUGCUCACUGGUAUCAGUAAAGUACUUGAUCUUUGUAUAAGGGUAGUUGAUUAUACUCUACAAGCUGAAAUAAUUAUACCGUUUUAAAGGGAUACUCCACUUCAAAACCAAAAUUUUGUCAUGAAUCACUUACCCCAAGUCCUUUCAACCCGUAAA